UUGGCGCCAUUCGUUUUACGUACUUGUCGGGGCGAGAAUGAGUUCGGGCGAUAAUUCAGGAGUUGCAAAGGAAAUUGAAAAGCUGUAUGCAGCUGUACCUCAACUUCACAAUAUUUUCUACAUUAAAAGCAAAAUUGGGGAAGACUGCAGAGCUCAGUGCCGGGCCAAGCCACCACUCAAGCAACCCGGCCAGCUUCGUUGCCUUCUUCCCUGCACAUGUGUGAAUGAGCUGUAAUACAUUGACUAGGUACAUUUAGUUCUGUGUAUUUUGCAAUUGGAAGGCUGAGGUCUGGAGAAGAUGCAAAGUUUGCUUUAAAACAUUUAAUCCCCACAAGUCACCCAACUCGAAUUGCAGCAGAACUCCAGUGCCUUUCAGUAGCUGGUGGCGAAGACAAUGUAAUGGGAGUAAAGUACUGCUUUAGAAACAAAGAUCAUGUGGUUAUUGUUAUGCCUUACUUGGAACAUGAAUGUUUUGCGGACAUUUUGCAUUCACUCAGCUUUGAGGAAACUAAAGAAUAUAUGUUUAAUCUCUUGAAAGCUCUCAGACAUAUACAUAGUUUUGGAAUAGUUCAUCGAGAUGUUAAACCAAGCAAUUUUCUGUUCAACAGGUCUCUCAAAAAGUUUGCAUUAGUAGACUUUGGAUUGGCUCAAGGAACAUCAGACACAAAAAUUGAUCUUUUGAAAGUUCUGCAGCCUAAAAAACAGGAUGGACUGGUUGGCAGCUCUACUCAGCGGUCUGUAUUUGGAGAGAGGAAUUUUAAUGUGCACAGUGCUGUCACCAUUGACAAUACGACUUUAAAAGCAGCUAAACCAUCCAAAACGAUAGAUGUAACAACAAGAAAGCUGGCAACAAGAAAGACUGUUUCUACGAAAAGCACCAGUAGUGCUGUCCCCAAAAAAGCUGCCAGUACAUGCCAGACAAGCUUGACCUGUGACUGUUACGCAAAAGAUCAAGUGUGUAAUAUUUGCCUUGCAAGGACUCGGCAAGUUGCUCCAAGAGCUGGUACUCCUGGUUUUCGUGCUCCUGAGGUCCUCACAAAAUGUCCCCAUCAAACUACAGCAAUUGACAUGUGGUCUGCAGGCAUCAUCUUUCUUUCUUUACUGAGCGGAAGAUAUCAUUUUUUUAAUGCUGCUGAUGAUAUGAAUGCUUUGGCACAGAUUAUGACAAUCCGUGGAUCUAAGGAGACAAUCCAAGCUUCUAAAUGUUUUGGUAAAAGUGUGCUUUGUAGUAAAGAACUUCCUUCAAAGGACUUAAGAACUCUAUGUGAAGGGUUGAGAAGUGCUAUCGUUCUUCCAAAUGGCAAUCAACAUGAUAUACAAAAACAAAGGGCUGCAUUACAAAUGCGAAUAAUGGAAAAUCAGGAUGGAUGGUUUUUGCCAGAAUCACCUGAUAUAACUCCUGAUUCCCCUGCGGUUGUUCGCUCCAGUUGUGUAUCAACACCUGAUAAUAUGGAACAAUCCAAUCACAAUGGGUGGGAUAGAGUCCCAAAUGAAGCUUAUCAUCUUUUAGAUAGACUUCUUGAUAUGAAUCCAGCAACAAGAAUAACAGCAGAAGAAGCUUUAAUACAUCCUCUGUUUAAAAACAUGCGGUAGUGUAUGUGCUGUCACCUCUUCUGCUUGUAAUUUUUUUUCAUAUUGUAAUUUUAUUUUUAAAUUAUUUAAAUAAAUGUUUUUUUUUUUUU